GCUUUUAUCAUCAUCCAAGAGUGAUUGCCUCAACUCUUUGGUCUUUUACUCAUUUAGCUUGGAGAAAGCCAAAAUUGGGCAAAAACUUAAAAAGAAGUGAGAAGAAGAGCCAAAACAGCUCCAUAUAACGCAACAAUGGCGAUCAAUGGAGCUGCGAUCUUCGCUACAAUAUCAAUGGUGUUUUUGUUAUCAAUGGCUUCCAUUUCUACUGCAUAUAGACCAGGCGACAUUGUUCCUAUGAGCAGGAUGGGUCAAUAUCACUCCUCGAGAACUGUUUGGCAUGAUAUUGUUGGUCGUCAUUGCCCAAUUUUUGCCGUAAAUCGAGAGGUUUUAAUCCCUAUACCUAAACCAACUGGAUACACUGGUGCUGAUCCUUAUAAAAUAACGCUCCAAGUUGGUAGGGAAAAAUUCUUGAUUCCUUGGCUUUACAUCAUCAAUCGAAAGAGUUCUGAGGUCCCAAUGAUUGUCAUGCAUUUGAGAUACUCUGGAGGUGAUUUGCUUGGUGUAACGGCAAGGGUUGUUGAUAUGCCUCACCGUUAUGUUGAAAUUCAUCCAGACAUACGUAAGCAGUUCUGGGAUCCCCAACAUUGGCCAAAACAUGUGCUUGUCAGAUACACGUGGGAAGAACGCUCAGAGAUAGAUGUCAAUUCUGGAUUUCUUUUCCUCUUUGGGUCAGGUCUUCUGCUAUCAGUUACUUUGUCAAUCUAUAUUUUGCAAUCAUCUAAAGAGAAGAUUGCAAGGUUUGUGAGAGAAACUGUUGCAGAUAGUAAUAUGUCUGGUGGAGUAGAGAAGGUCGAAUAAUCCGCACAACUUUCGAGCUGUAGUUACCUGUAAGCAAUUCCUUUGUUCAUAAAUCAUCGACAUGCUGUAGAAUGGAAUUCACAUAGAACUGGCUAUAUUCGCGUGGACUCUACUCUCUACAUUUCUCCUCAAGAACUGGUGUUAGACUCCUGACAUUCUGACAUGAGUAUGGAUACUUUGACACUUCAUUUUGGGUUGAAAUCGUGGAACUUUUUUUGUAAAUGACUGAGUCGGAUACUUGGAUACGUACCUUGUCAAACACAAGUACUCAAGAGUAACAACCAUGCAAGAUAGCUCAGAUGACCUCAUCAUUAUUAUAAGGAUUUGCAUAGGAGCUGGAAAAGGUUUUGUAUACUCAACUAACCUAUAAUCUUUGUUAAGAAUCCUCAGAAUAUUAUAAAUAUUUAGUUUGUGAAAGGCUAUAAUUUGUCCUUUUUUUUGUUA